GCGCAAAGUCAUAAUCAUUCGUGUGAAGUCCGUCUGGUGGCGUGAUCACCUGCGAUCGCCAACUUUCAUCACCUUAAGCUGUUGGAUUAUUUCAAGCUGCUGCAAAUAUUAUGGUGACAAUAUUGUGACACAGAACGCGAUAUCCGCCGGGAAAGAGGGUAGGCUACACUUGCCAAUGGUGUUGGCACAGAUAUGAGGGAUACGAAAGGACAAGAAAGCGACACCAUACCUACUGGACUUGGCAACAAAUGCAUCGUGUGCCAGGAGACGUGUGAAGACUGGACAAGGCUAAAGAAACAUAUGGUGACUCAUAAUCCGAGCCCUCCAGAUGCCAGCUACUUCGAAAAGAGCCGUCAGCCAAAUGGAACCAUAUGUUGCACACUUUGUGGUCGACGAGUAGGAUGCAUGUCCGCCUUACGCAAGCACUACCGUAUACAUGCCACCGAGCGACCGUUUCGAUGUCCAAAAUGUCGGAAACCCUACAAAGACUCGUAUACCUUCGUGGACCACUACAGCAGAAUGCACGGCAAGCAUCAGAAGCAAGUCUGCAAGACGUGCCAUGACAGCUUCAGUUCCAAGUAUUCGUUAAGAGCCCAUAUGUUUAUACACUCUAAGAAUUCGGGGGAACGUUGUGAAGUGUGCUUCAGGUGGUUUCGUCCCAAAAAACUACGACGCCAUUACUAUGUCCACACCGGGGAGAAGCUAUUCGAAUGCGACAUCUGCGGAGCCGUCCUGGCGAGUAGCUACAACUUGGACAGACACAUUAGAACGGUGCAUUUAGGAGUAAACAGAUGGUGCUGCAAUGUGUGCGAUAAAGGGUUCCGCGACAGCAACGAUCUUGUCGCGCACGUUCGGCGUCACACGGGAGAGCCGACGGAUGUGUGCUGCGUAUGUUCCAGGCCCUUCUACCGCGCAAGUGCGUACGUAGACCACGUACAGCGUGUUCACGUUCGCGAGAGACACUUGAGUCGCGUGGUUUCCGGGAGAGACACCGGGGGUUUGAGACUCCACAAGAUGAGACGCACGGACAAGGGAUCGUUGUCGUGUGAAGUGCGCGGCAGAAAAUUUCGUCGCAGGUAUGAUGCUCGGAGACACAUGAGGGUGCAUACCGACGAGAGGCCGUUUAAAUGUGUUCAGUGCGGAGUUCCUCACAAGUGGAAGAGAAGCCUCGUUCGUCACUUUAAAUUAAAGCAUGUAAACGCUGUUUGAGUUUUUUUUUUUCUUAUUGCAUCAGGAAUGCCGUGUAUCGUGUUCACUGUUACGCAAUCUGUGCGUGUCAUUGGGCAAUAAAAUAUUCUAGUAAAUUA